GCUUAGAUUCGACACUUUAUUUCGUCGCGACGUAAUUGACCUUCUGACAUUACUCAUUAUUCCAUCUCAAUAUUUUUCUUCACCAUUAUUACCCUCUUAACAUCAUAGUAGACAAACAUAAAUUUGUUUCUUCAUUAUUAUCACUCUCUUACAUCAUUUGUCGAGGAAUAAAGGGUGCAUGAGUUCUUUCUCUACUCCGUUAACUCGUUGGUGGGUCCAACUAACUGGCGAUAAUGACCGAUAUAAUGCCAGUAGUAAAAAAAUCUCGAGGUUGUCUAAGUGUUGGAGAUACAACUAUCCGAACAAUUGCACCCGGGAUUAUCGUAGAUUCUUUAAUUGUGACAUUAAUCGACUAGUUAAACUGCUGCAUCUUGACAAGCGUUCAAAUAGGAUUAUUUCUCCAGACGUAAUACCGUCGUGUUCGCCGGGAAUUUUCCGACAAAAAUCAUUUCGGACAUCUUCAACGGAAGCCGAAGUUACUAAGAUAUCAUCGGAGAACCUGGGUAUACCUUUAUCAUCAGGUAAUCAUCAUCAGUGCAGUCAUAUUAGUCCCAAGGAGGACAACUCCGUCAUAAUUACCAAUCACUCUGUGCCUAGCAAUAAAAAUUACAAAAACAUCAUCAACAACAACAACAACAAUAACAAUACCAAUAAUAAUAAUAACAACAACAAUAAUAAUAAUACUCGAAAAAAUAAUAAAAACAGUAGUAGUAAUUUAACGUUAAGUGGUGGAGGUUUUCGUAAUUGGGGAUUGAAAAACACCGGCAAGCAUUCACGUCUAACUACGGUCCUGUCAAAUAAAAUGGCGUCGACGAGCACGACAGCGGUUGUUCAGGGCUGGCCAAAUACCAAAGACGAUUAUGAAUUAAAAGAGGUUAUAGGUGUUGGAGCCACAGCUGUAGUGCACGCUGCAUUUUGUAUUCCCCGUCAAGAAAAGUGUGCGAUAAAGCGCAUAAAUUUGGAAAAAUGGAAUACGAGUAUGGACGAGUUGUUGAAAGAAAUCCAGGCGAUGUCAUCCUGCAACCACGAGAACGUGGUGACCUAUUACACGUCUUUUGUCGUAAAAGAAGAGCUAUGGUUGGUACUAAGACUUCUCGAAGGCGGUUCGCUGCUGGAUAUCAUAAAACAUAAAACAAGAACUACUAAUUGUAAACACGGAGUGUUUGAUGAGGCUACAAUAGCAACAGUACUUCGUGAAGUGCUCAAAGGCCUUGAGUAUUUCCACAGUAAUGGACAAAUUCACAGGGAUAUAAAAGCUGGUAAUAUAUUACUGGGAGAAGAUGGUACUGUCCAGAUAGCAGAUUUCGGUGUCAGCGCCUGGUUAGCAACUGGACGUGAUUUAAGUAGACAAAAAGUUCGACAUACUUUUGUCGGUACACCUUGUUGGAUGGCACCGGAAGUCAUGGAGCAGGUGAGAGAGGAUCAUGGGUAUGAUUUCAAAGCUGACAUAUGGUCGCUGGGGAUUACUGCCAUUGAAAUGGCAAGUGGUACAGCUCCUUAUCACAAGUAUCCGCCGAUGAAGGUUCUUAUGCUUACGUUACAAAACGACCCACCAACAUUGGAUACCGCUGCUGAUGAAAAAGAUCAAUACAAAGCUUACGGUAAAACAUUUCGUAAGAUGAUUGUUGAUUGUUUACAAAAGGACCCUACUAAAAGGCCGUCAGCAACAGAGUUAUUAAAGCAUCCGUUCUUCAAAAAAGCUAAAGAUAAAAAGUACUUGCAACAAACACUAGUUGCAAUUGGUCCUAGCCUCGAGACUCGUGUACAAAAGGCGUCUAAACGACAACCAGGAACAUCUGGUCGUUUGCAUAGAACGGUCACCGGCGAGUGGGUAUGGUCGUCGGAGGAAGAGGACAGCGGGGCUUCUAGUGGGGACGAGGGUAAAGAAACCUUACCGGUUAAUACUAUUGACAAUGUUAGCAGUGAAGAAGAGGCUGCUGAUCAGGAAGAUUCCGAAGGUCAAGUACGAGCAGCCAUGAGUCGUGUGGCUCUUCAGUCCGCUGAGCAAAAUAUUCCUAUUAAUCUUGUUCUUAGAUUACGAAAUCAAAAGAGGGAAUUAAAUGACAUUAGAUUCGAAUUUGCUGUUGGUGUCGAUUCUGCAGAAGGUAUUGCAGCUGAAUUAGUUGGAGCUGGUCUAGUCGACGGUAAAGAUAUCGUUGUUAUAGCUGCGAAUUUACAAAAACUUAUCGACAGUGCUGGACAAUUACGUACUGUAACCUUUUCAUUGAAUUCUGGUCAUGCUCCCAAUGAAAUACCUGAUGAUAAAGCAUUAAUUGGAUUUGCUCAGAUUUCAAUAACAGAUUAGGUCAAUUAUUGUUUUCCAUUUAUUAAUUAUAAUUUAUAUUAAUUAUUGAAAAAUAUUCUGAAUACUCAGGAUACUAUUUUACGCGCUCCAAAUCAUUAAUACAAAAUUUAAAUUUUAUUUUUAACAAUUAGGUAUUAAAAAUAGAGAAAAAUGAAUUUCUAAUUUUUUAAAAUUAACCCAAAAGAAUGAACAAUAAAUAUGAAUAAUGAUUAUAAAGCGUUUAAAUAUCCAAGACUCAAUUAAUGUUGGUAAGAAUUUAAAAAAAAAAUAAAAAAAGGCUCAGAGAUGUUAUCAGUGUUUUUGAAAAGUAUAAUUAUGCAUCAAGGUAUUUUGUAAUCAAUUAUUAAAUAAAAAUAGUGAACAGAUUAUUUUAAGUGAAUGUCAAAAAAUAAUCCGAAAAAUGGUACAUUAUUAUUCCGCAUUUUAAAAGUUUUAAUUAUUAUUUAUUCACGAGAUUACGUGGAUAAUAAUGUUUAAUCUAAUUAAUUUU